AUGUGCACUUCUGGGAUUAGAAAUAUGGGGCAUCUGUUGUCACCUCUCCUCUUGAGCCUGGCAGCAGUUUUUUCCAAAGUGACUGAGAGUCGAGGGAUCCUGGAGAGUAUACAGAGAUUUUCUUUACUGCCAACUUACUUGCCUGUGACCUGUCGUAUCCACAAUGCAGAUGUUUCCUUCUUUCUUAAGGAAGCCAACCAGGAUAUUAUGAGGAAUUCUAGCUUGCAGUCCAGAGUGGAAUCCUUUCUGAUCUACAAAUCCAAGACACCACCUGUGUUAAAUGCCAGCUAUGGACCUUUUUCUGUUGAACAAGUAGUGCCCCAAGACUUAAUGUUGUCUUCAAACCCAUUUGGAUCUACUAACAAGUUCUCCUUUAAUUGGAAACUUCAGGCCUUCAUAAUGAGUGACAAAAUUUACCCAAGCAAGCCCAAAGUCCAGGUCCUGUUCUACAUCGUGGGCAGGGACUGGGAUGACUACAGCACCACUGACCAGCUGCCCUGCUUGCGGGUGUUCGCCUUCCGAGAGACGCGGGAAGUCAGAGGCAGCUGCAGGCUGAAAGGGGAUCUGGGGCUGUGUGUGGCAGAGCUGGAGCUCCUGCCAAGCUGGUUUAACCCCCCCACGGUUGUUGCUGGCCGUAAGAAAACAAUGGAUCAGUCAGAAGGGAGCCCUGUGGAGCUUUACUAUGCCAUACAACCAGGAGAUGAGAAAGGAGAGUGCACCAAGGAGGAUGUAAGGAAAAGUAAUGGGAUCCGACCAGGGCGCAAUGACAUUGAUGAGUCAGGACCUCCCUUGCAGAGGAUUGGAAGUGUUUUCCUUUACCAGACACAUGCUGUCCCUUCCUUAGAUGAAAUGAAAUUGGAUAAUAAUAUUGUCAUCCGCUAUGCACCAAAGGCUGUCAAGCAAGGUGACAUUUUGACUUUCCUUGUAUCUGUUGCUAAAAAUUCAACAGCAGAUCAGUUCACACUGAGGGCGAAGGUGAAGAAAGGUGUGAACAUUUUCAGUGUAAGAGCCAGCAGUCCAUACUUAUGGGACAUCAGAGAGAGCAUGGAUUAUACUGGGAAAUAUGCACCAGCUGUUAUUGUUUGCCAGAGGAAAUCUGCCUCUGAAAACAGUGCGGAUGGUCCUUCCUCUGAAAUCAUGCAGAUUGAUUUUGAAAUUGAAGACCUAACUGACUUACCCGGCACCCAGCUCAUCACGUGGCAGGUAGAAUAUCCUGGAGAUACAACAUCUGAUCUAGGAAUCUCCAAGAUCUACAUAAACCAGAAGGACCUGGUAGGAGUUCUCCCUUUGGCUAUGGAAGCAGAGAUCCUGAAUACAGCCAUUCUCACUGGGAAAACAGUAGCUGUCCCUGUCAAAGUUGUCUCCGUGGAAGAUGAUGGAACUGUGACUGAUCUUCUGGAAUCUGUGGAGUGCAGAUCAUCAGAUGAAGAUGUCAUUAAGGUUUCUGACAGAUGUGACUAUGUCUUUGUCAAUGGGAAGGAAAUGAAAGGCAAAGUGAACGUCAUAGUUAAUUUUACUUACCAGCAUCUGAGUGCCCCUUUAGAAAUGACAGUCUGGGUUCCUCGUCUCCCACUGCAGAUAGAGGUCUCUGACACAGAACUAAAUCAAAUCAAGGGGUGGAGAGUCCCCAUCAUCUCUAAUAAGAGACCAGCCCGGGACAGUGAUGAUGAAGAGGAGGACGAACGGAAGGGAAGAGGCUGUGCUCUUCAGUACCAACAUGCCAUGGUGCGAGUCCUCACGCAGUUUGUAGCUGAAGCUUCAGACCCCACUGGCCAGCUGAGCUAUUUACUGGGUUCUGACUGGCAGGUUGACAUUACAGACCUGGUGAGUGACUUCAUGCAGGUGGAGGAGCCAAGAAUCGCGAAGCUGCAGGAUGGACAGGUUUUGAUUGGGCAGGAGCUUGGAAUGACGACAAUUCAGAUAUUGUCCCCCCUUUCAGAUGCUAUCUUGGCUGAGAAGACGGUGACAGUUCUGGAUGAGAAGGUGACAAUAACUGACCUGGGAGUGCAGCUGGUCACUGGAUUGUCACUCUCUUUGCAGCUCAGUCCAGGAAGCAAUAAGGCCAUCUUUGCUACAGCAGUAGCACAGGAGCUGCUCCAGUCUCCAAAGCAGGAAGCAGCCAUCAGCUGCUGGAUCCAGUUCAGUGAUGGAUCUGUUAUGCCCCUGGAUAUUUAUGACUCCAAAGACUUCUCUCUGUCUGCUACAUCUCUGGAUGAGAAGGUGGUCUCCAUUCACCAUGAUCCCAGAUUCAAGUGGCCUGUGAUUGCUGCUGAAACAGAAGGCCAGGGGACACUGGUGAAAGUAGAGAUGGUGAUCAGUGAAUCAUGCCAGAAAUCCAAAAGAAAGAGCAUCCUAGCUGCUGGAAGCGGUAGCAUUAAAGUAAAGUUUGGGCAGAGUGAUGCCAACCCUAACAUCAGUGACAGUAAGCACAGGGGUGCUGGUGUCCAUCUAGAAAAUCGUGCCAGUGACCGGCGUCAGAAAACCACUCUGCAGGAGAGAGCUGGACUAGAUGGCCAGUAUUACAGCUCCUCGAUGGGCCAUGAGCAAGGCAAAGGGACCACUACUCAAAGGUCUAUUUUAAGUAAAAAAGAAGACAGAGAAAGCCUCCUGGAUGAUGACAGUCAUCUGCAGAACAUCCCAAUAGACUUCACGAGCUUCCCUGCACAGGUGGAUCUACCAAGAAACAAUGGAGACCUAGAAGAGAAUGACCUAGUCCAGACCUCUCGGGGACUCAGCGACCUGGAGAUAGGAAUGUAUGCUCUUCUGGGAGUCUUUUGCCUGGCAAUUCUAGUCUUUCUUAUCAAUUGUGUCACUUUUGCUUUGAAGUACAGAAACAAACAAGUUCCCUUUGAAGAGCAAGAAGGCAUGAGCCACUCCCAUGACUGGGUUGGGCUGAGCAACAGGACAGAACUUAUAGAGAAUCACAUAAAUUUCUCAGCCCAACAAGAUGAACGUAUCACAGCCAUUGACAGAGGAGUGGACUAUGAGGAGAGCAAAUAUCUCCUCAACACAAAUGCCGCCAAAAAUACCAAUGGACAAUCUUUCAGGUCUGCUGAGUCCACGUUCACUGAAGGGAAAGAACAGAAAAGUGAACCAACUGCUUCUCCUACCUCUAAGAGGAAACGGGUUAAAUUCACCACUUUCACCACCAUCUCCUCUGAUGAUGGGUGUCCAACUGUCAACUCAAUCUUGAUGAGUAGUGAAGAUGACAUUAAAUGGGUCUGCCAGGAUAUGGACCUGGGGGAGUGCAAAGAACUUAAAAACUAUAUGGAGAGGUUACAUGAAAAUGUUUAA